AUGGCUUCUACGGGACGCACCUUGACCGUCGCUUUGGGCGCCGCAGGUGCAGCAGCCCUGUGCAGCACAGCGUUUGUGGCGCCCACGGCGCAGACGAAGAGCCUCCGCGCUACUAGGGCCGUAGAGGUUUCUUCGACACAGACGGCAGCCAGGGCAACUAGCAGCAACGCCCUAAGCGUGGGCUUGGGCGCUGCAUCCGCAGCUCUGGCAGUGGGUUGUGCCUCGAAACGAGUAGGCGUCAGCAGCUCUACGCACAGCGUAGUGGCCGUAAAGGCCUUUGAGAGUGAGCUCGGAGUGCAGGAUCCUGUUGGGUUCUGGGAUCCCGUCGGGUUCACCGCAGACGGAGAUACGGCAGCCUUCAAGAGGCGUCGCUCCGUCGAGUUGAAGCAUGGCCGAAUCUCCAUGAUGGCAGCCAUGGGUUACAUCACGCCGGAGGUCACAGGGAAGCUGCCGGGCUUUUUGAGCCCAUCCGCCGGCCUCAAGUUCGCCGACAUCCCGAACGGACUCGCAGCUAUCUCCAAGGUGCCAAUGGCAGGUUGGGCGCAGAUUGCCGCAUACUUUGGAUUCGUGGAGUUCAGCGGUGGGUUCGAUGACUACAAGACCGGAACCCCCGGCGACUAUGGCUUCAAGGUGCUGACCUCCUCCGACCCG